UUACAAUAUGAUCGGCAUCUGUUAUUUUUUUCAUAUUUCUAUCGAUCAGAUGGCGUUGUUGCAUAAAGGGCCGUAAGGUUGUAUGUUAUGAGUAGAAAGGUUUAAGCAAAGUGAAUAUAUGUCGCGGAAUAUAUUCACCGCUAGAUCAAGAAUAUCGACGUGAAACAUAACCAUGCUUUUAUUUUCUUCGGAUUUUAGGGAAUCUCCGACUUGCUUCUAUAGCCUGGAUACGUUUACUUGCUUUAAUAUACCAAGUAUUGUCUGUAUGGUAUUUGUUGCAGACUAGUCAAAUUGUUUUGAAAACGUUCACUACCUCCACGACGAUGGCUAGGAUUGGACUACUUGGAUAAGAAAUGGCAAAGAAAAGUGUUGAAGUGCAAGUUUUUGAUAGUGAUUUUGCAGUUUACCUUCGUGAAUCUGUUACAUAUGAGAUUAAAAUGGAAUCUCGUUCGAGGAGUAGGUUGCGAGGGGUUGUUUUGAUGUGUAUUUUGUUAGCUGUGAGUGGGAUUGUUUACUUUGGGUAUUUCUGCCCCGAACAAGUUUGUGCACUUACUUCUCGAGACACAAGUUGGUCGGACUGGACGUUUCGAUUUCCAGUUCAAGAUAAUUUGGGAAAACCUUCACCUCUUUAUUCCAGUCCCUUCACCUCAAAAAUUUCAAACUCAGGUCUAAGCUAUGACGACGUUUUAAAUGAUAACUUUCAGUUUGACAUGAAUGCCCACGAUGUAAUGGUUUUUCUACACAUUCAAAAAACUGGUGGAACUUCCUUCGGUAGACAUCUGGUCCGUGAUUUGGACUUGCAGAGACCAUGCACUUGUCAAAGAAAGAGAAAACGUUGCUAUUGUUUCAGACCAAAUCGUAAUGAAAUUUGGUUGUUCAGUCGUUACUCAACAGGCUGGAAAUGUGGACUUCAUGCUGACUGGACAGAGCUGACUAGCUGUGUUGAUUCUGAACUUGACAAAAAUGAAGGAGACAGUGUCAAACGCAGAUAUUUUUAUAUAACACUGUUACGAGAACCCAUCAGUCGCUACCUGUCAGAAUUUCGUCAUGUUCAGCGAGGUGCAACUUGGCGAAAUUCUCGACAUUGGUGUGGUGGUCAUGCUGCUACACCUCAGGAACUACCUCAUUGCUAUAAAGGAGCAUCCUGGGAGGGUGUUACUGUUGAUGAAUUUGCAGCUUGUCCUCAUAAUCUUGCAGCAAACAGACAAACACGUAUGUUGGCCGAUCUAGCUUUAGUGGGCUGUUACAACACAUCUUAUAUGCCAUCACAUGCUGAGAGGAAUCGUGUCAUGUUGGCAAGUGCGAAGAGAAACCUCGCUGCCAUGGCAUUCUUUGGGCUGACAGAACAUCAGAAGGUCAGCCAGUAUGUUUUUGAGGAGACAUUCAACCUACGAUUUGCAGUCCCUUUUGAACAAAACAAUACAACUUUAUCAAGUGCAACAUUGAGUUCAAUCCGACCAGAUCAAAUAGAAACAAUUCGGCACCUGAAUGUACUGGACCUGGAACUGUACGCAUUUGCUCAGAAACUGAUGUAUCAACGCUUUGAACGGUUACAGAAACGAGACAGCCAGUUUCAUGAGAGAUUUGCUCAUCUGGGUGACCUUCCAGGUAGACAGUCAGAAGCAUUCAAUUGGGAUCAGAUUAUUGAUGCUGAUGACAGCAGCACAGCACCACACAAAUGAUGAAAGUGAAAAUAAAUUGAUUUCAUCUGAAUCCUGGUUAAUUCUUUUAAGACUACUUUAAUUAAAGAUGGUCUUGGAUGAAAAUGUUGCUGAUAAACAUUAUUAGGAAUGUAGCAGUUAGCAUUUUGCAUUCAAAGAGGGAAUAAGCUGGAGCAAGGACUAAUAAUUCUUAGCUCUUGGUUGCACUGUGGAGCAUUUAUUAAUGACAUACAUAUGCUUUUACUUCCAGUCCCUUCAAGGCCAAUUGUUAACAGUGUCUCUGUUGUCUGAUAUCAGUGACAAGGCUGUUAUCCAUGGUCUUUGUUACAUAUUAAGCCUCAUUAAACACUGAUUGCUUCAUAAUUUUCAAGGUACUAAAUGAACCACAGUACAAAACAAAGUCUGUUCCAGGGCUAAUGACAUACUUUAAAAAAUUUAUAUUACAUUUUUGAAGUGAAAUUUGGAUGGCAUUGUAAUAUGUGACAUUUGAAACUUUUAUGGUGACUGAAUGCAACAAAGUCUUCUCUGGUAAUAGCUGUGUGAAAGUGGCAUUGUGAUCCAUUUCAGAAGCUGUCUCUGCCUCCAUCUUCAGAGUUGAUUAAUGGGGGCAGUCUCUCUGAAAUAUUGGAUUACAAUAACAUUUUCACAAAGAUGAUCACCCAAGACUUCACUGUCUUGGCAUUAUAUUUUAUACUAUAACAAAAGUCAUGAAAAGGACAAGCAACGAUCUGGAAAUCUUGGCAAGAUCUCAUGAAAAUAAAUUAUAUUUGAUCAUUAGACCUACAUCACAUUUGUAACUAAAAGUUAAUUUAUAUGUAUUCUUUGCAGAAAGUGUAUAAAGUUAGCAAACACAU